AUGGCUUCAGUAGUUGCAGGUCCCUCUGUUUUUCGCGUUCGCGAUGCCUCUUCCGCAUUCGCGAAGCUUUAUGUUGUUCCUUCAUCGCGUUCGCAUCAAUCCCCUCACGAUCGCGUGUCGGAGCAGCUUACGGUGCACAGCAGUAGGCCAGGGAGCAGUCCUUCAGUGGUACCAUCGAUUGAAUACUUACAUACGGUUAACGAUGGAGGGAGGCAUUACACCGUCUGCCUGUUAGAGAGAAAAUGCAUUUGUGGGAGGUUCCAAGUUGAUGAAUUACCAUGCCCACAUGCUUGGGCUGUAUUGAAGAGCAAGUUUCUAAUGCCAGAAGAUUAUUUCUCUAACUAUUACAAACCAAAUUCUGUUGUAAUGACAUACGAUGUGCCUGUGUACCCGCUACCGGACAGAAAUGACUGGAAUAUACCAGCACAUGUUGCAGAGGAAGUUGUAUUACCACCCAAAUGGAAAAGACCUCCUGGCAGGCCAAAGAAGAAGCGCGAUAAACCUUUCAGUGAAUUGCUGCAGCCGAAAAAUCAACAUUCAUGUAGCAUAUGUGGGCAAGGAGGACAUAAUAAGCGAACAUGUAGAAAUGCUCCACGUAGGAUUUAG